UGAACUGGACAAGGUUGAGACGCAGAGCGCAGAUCACAUCCCUAUCCCACAUCUGCUCGCGCCCUCGGUGCACAUGGCGCGCGCUCUGGGUUUGGUGGCUGCGGGCGCGUGCGUCCUCGCGCUCGUGGUAGCCUGGGUCUCGUACCGGCUGCUCCGGAACUUCCUGCGGAUGUGGACCGAGCUGAAGCCCGUCCCGAGCAUCGGUGUAGCCUACCCUCUCCUCGGGCACGCGCUCCAGCUCAAGACCAAAGCCGGAGAGUUUUUUUCUCAGGUGAUCCAAUACACGAAUGAGUUUCGGGACGCUCCGCUGCUCAUGCUGUGGAUAGGACCUGUACCCUUCCUCUUACUCUACCACUCUGAGACGAUUGAGCCGGUUCUGAAUAACUCAUUACACAUGGACAAGGCUUAUGCUUAUAAGUUUUUGCACCCCUGGCUCGGAACCGGACUACUGACGAGUACGGGGGAUAAAUGGCGGCGCAGAAGAAAGCUCCUCACGCCCACCUUCCAUUUCUCCAUUCUGACCGACUUCCUGGAGGUGAUGAACGAGCAGGCCGAGGUCCUCGUUGACAAACUUCACACGCAGGCAGGGAAAGGGCCCUUCGACUGCUUCAGCCACGUCACACUCUGCGCUCUCGAUAUCAUCUGUGAAACAGCCAUGGGGAAGAAGAUCUACGCACAGAGCAACCACGACUCCGAGUAUGUGCGCGCCGUGUAUCGGAUGAGUGACCUCAUCAGCAAGCGCCAGCGGAUGCCGUGGUUCUGGCCGGACUUUGCGUUCCAGUACUUCGGCGAUGGCAAAGAGCACGACCGCUGUCUGAAGAUCCUGCACUCCUUCACCCAGAGUGUCAUUUGUGAGAGGGAGGCGUAUGGACUCCACUACAUGGACUACGACAGAGGAUCGGAUCAGACAAAGAAGAAGAGGCGGGCCUUCCUGGAUAUGCUGCUGAAGACGACGGACGAGGACGGGAACAAGAUGACACACCAAGACAUCCAGGAGGAAGUGGACACUUUUAUGUUCGAGGGUCAUGACACUACAGCGGCUGGUAUGAACUGGGCCAUUCAUCUGCUGGGGGCUCAUCCUGACAUACAGAGGAAAGUUCAGCAGGAACUGUAUGAAGUAUUCGGUGACUCUGACAGACCCAUUACCACCGAGGACUUGAAGAAGCUGCGUUAUCUGGAGUGUGUGAUUAAAGAGGCGCUGCGUAUCUUUCCGUCUGUGCCGUUCUUUGCUCGCAGCAUCUGUGAAGACACAAAGAUCAACGGCUACAAAGUGCCUAAAGGUGUAAAUGUGAUCAUACUGACGUACGCGCUGCACCGUGACCCGCGAGUCUUCCCCGAGCCCGAGGAGUUUCGUCCCGAGCGCUUCCUGCCCGAGAACACGGUGGGACGAAACCCGUACUGCUACAUCCCCUUCUCUGCAGGCCUGCGCAACUGCAUCGGUCAGCGUUUUGCUCAGAUGGAGGAGAAGGUGAUCCUGGCCUCCAUCUUGCGCUCCUUCAACAUCGUGUCGUGUCAGAAGAGAGACGAGCUGAAGCCACUGGGAGACCUCAUCCUCAGACCUGAGCAGGGCAUCUGGAUCACGCUGGAGAAGAGACGCCGCUAACACACACACACACACACACACACGAUAGGUGCUAUUAAGAGAUGAGCUUAAAGGGUGGCAGUAAAACCAAUAUUCUUAUCCUAUCGUUGAUAUGGAAGAUAACCACACCUAUACUUUAGCCCUCGUGUACUUUGGUUUGGGUUUGGGAGGGGGCGGAGUCAUCCCUGAAGAGACCACUCCCAUUAGGAUAGAUGUGUUUUAUGAUCAUAGGAUAAACGGGAUCAAUCAAAAGUGUUUUCAUUCACGUUCGUUCUCCAAAUGUAGGAACCCUUUUCGAUCUUUCCACUAAAAGUGAUUAGCCUCCAUGCGAAGGAUUUUCUUAAUGAUUUACCGAAAAUGUUACUUAAAUUCAAAAAUAAAUAAAUAAAUUAAUUAAUUACUAACUUUCAGUCUGUAAUUUGAGUAGUAACGCUGUGAUCAAAUAAAGUAAACAAACAUCUAA